AUGUCGCCGCCCGCGGGCGUUAACGCCCAGCUGCGGCAGCUUAUAUACUACCACCUCGACAACAGCUUCCUAGAAAACGCCCUCUUCCUUGCCGGUCGUCUACACGCCCUCGAACCCCGCAACCCAGACGCCGCGCACCUUUUAGCGCUUUGCAACCUCCGACUCGGAAGAUACAAAGCUGCCUUCGACUGCUCGAGGUCCAAGGGAGUGCAUUCCCAGCAUCUGGGAUGUGCCUAUGUGUUUGCGCAAGCAUGUCUUGGCCUCGAGCGAUAUGAUGCAGGUGCUCAGGCGCUGGAGAAGGUUCGCGGUCUUUGGGCUGGACGGAAUCACUGGAGCAAGCACUCCGAAACGUCGAGACGCCACAUUCCCGACGCCGCAGCCUGCUAUUGCAUGCUGGGAAAGCUGUACGCCGCCCACGGCGACACUAAGAAGGCUAUUGACUACUAUGUCGAGGCCUUGAAGAUCAACUCGUUCAUGUGGGACGCUUUUACCGGCCUCUGCGAUAUUGGGGCUGUAGUCCGGCCCCAGAACGUCUUUAAGAUUACCCCGGACAUGCUGGCCUCGAUAUCGCACGUUGCAACUAACGGGAAUGCAACUUAUACUACUUCGUCGCAAGAGAGCCUAGAUACCCGUAACCCGUUUGUCUCAACUCCCGACCUUGAUCCUUUUAAUCCGUCCAUACGGCAGGGAGGCGACGUCGGACUCAACCUCGGUGGAUCGAAUCUGCUCUCAAGGUUGAAUGGCAGUAAUCCUGGCACAAAUGGCAUCGGUGCAAACUCGACGCAUCACGAUGUGGAAACUCCCACCGCGAACGGCCAGCCCUUCCACCAUGAGGAUGUUUUGAUGGGCGAAGCUGGAGGCCCAGUCCUGACCGAGCAAGGAAUGGAUAUGGCACAUGCACCAGCGCGAAAGCCACGAUUGCCGGGUUUCAACGGGGUAGAAGAGCCGCCACGCAUGCGAUCCAUCACUUCAAGGGUUCGAACGAAGACGAAUCCAGAAGGCGACCAGACAGACAUCCCUAGGCCGAUUAAUCAGAACGGCCAUAAGCGGACCGUGUCAGGCCAAACCAUGCAACACGGCCCAACUUCAAGCACACAACCAUUAGAUCCCACUGCAGCCCCACCGCGGAGGAGUACCAGGUUACAGAAUUCGAUAAGCCAGAUCAGGGCAUCGAGUAGCAGACUCGGGGGACUGUCGAGUAAAGACCAAGAGUCGAAAGAACGACGCGAGCUGCGGAAAGUCAAGGCAACGGGCACUAAAGGGAGGACGGGCACUGCCUCGAUUGUCGGCAGAGUUGUCAGUGGAAACAGGAAGCCGCACUUUGAGGCCUCUGAAAUGUCGAAGCCAGAGUCGAGACCUGCGAGUGCAGCUGCUAUAGCGGCACAACCACCCCGGAUGGCUCCGCAAGUUGAUACAGCACGAGAGCAAGAGGCCUUGAACUGGCUCUUGGAUCUACUACUCAGGAUUGGCUCAGGCUACAGACACUUGAGUCGCUAUGAGUCGACUAAGGCUUUGGAGGCGUUUGCCGCGGUCCCAAAGGGGCAGCGCGACACCCCCUGGGUACUGGCGCAGAUUGGCAAGGCCUACUACGAAUGCGCCAUGUAUGCCGAAGCGGAGAAGAUUUUCCGGCAGAUUCGCGAAAAGACCCCUUCGUAUCUCGAGCACAUGGAAGUGUACUCAAAUACUCUCUGGCAACUGAAGCAGGAAGUGGCUUUGGGCCAUCUUGCUCAUACGCUGAUGGACCAAGAUCGCCUCUCACCGCAAGCUUGGUGCGCUCUCGGCAACGCCAGCUCGCUAGAUCGCCAGCAUGACGAUGCUGUGAAGUGUUUUGCCCGAGCUACACAGCUGGACCCGAAGUUUGCAUAUGCCUUCACUCUCCAGGGCCACGAGCAUGUGGCAAAUGAGGAGUUUGACAAGGCCAUGGCAGCGUACCGCAACGCGAUUAGUGCCGAUAACAGGCACUACAAUGGUUGGUAUGGUCUUGGGAAUGUGUAUGAGAGGAUGGGCAAGUAUGAGGUGGCCGAGAAGCAUUACCGGGCAGCUUCACAGAUCAAUCCGAACAAUGCCAUGAUCCUCGUGAGGAUCGGACUGGUUCUCGACCGCAUGAAGAAGAUUGAGCCCGCCCUCAUGCAAUUCGAAGCUGCGAUCAAAAUCGAUCCCCGCUCCAUCAUGGCCCGCUUCCGCAAAUCGCAGAUCCUGCUCAAGCUCGGCGCGCCAGAAGAGUCGCUCAAAGAACUUCUGUACCUGAAAGACGCUGCGCCAGAUGACCCGAAUAUUCACUUCUUGCUGGGACGAUGCUAUAAGAAGUUGCAAGAUCGCGCGAGUGCGAUUCGCCAUUUGACGAUUGCGAUGAACUUGGAUCCGAAGAGUCACGGGAUAAUCAAAGAGGUCAUGGAGAGCAUCGACGAAGACGACAACGGGGCGUGGAGCAGUGAGGAUGAGCGAUGA